AGGAGAGUGGUUACAAAAUCGGUGAACUAAUGAACCUAAGAGACCUUCGUCAUUUGUGCGUUAGAGAACUUGAAAAUGUGAGGAGUUCUGAAGAAGUUAUGGAGGCCAAGUUGAACGAGAAAGAAUAUCUCAAAUCAUUGUCAUUGGGAUGGUCCAGAGACCGCUCCAGUUGUGUAGAGACGGAUGAGCAGCUCCUUGAUAACCUCUGCCCGCAUAUCAAUCUCAAGAGAUUGCGUAUUCAAAAUUACAAAGGUGUGAAAUCUCCUUGUUGGAUGACAGAUCUGUCUCUCAUCAACUUGACAUCCAUCGAACUGAUUGAUUGUGAAGGAUGGGAGCACCUCCCACCUCUUGGGGACCUGCCUUUGCUUAACCGUCUUUACCUGUGUAAACUACAUGCAGUAAAGCACAUAUGUUGUUCAUUCUACGGGAGCAGCGGUGUAUGUGCCUUUCCAUCGUUGAAGCAGCUAUUCUUAUUAUACAUGCCUAACUUGGAGGAGUGGAUUGGAGUAGAUGAUGGAUGCAUGUUUCCUCUACUUCAUUCUCUGGAGAUUAUUGGCUGCCCUAAUUUGAGGGGAAUUCCUACUCUGCCUCGCAAUCUAAGACGAAUGAAAAUUUCUGAUGUUGGAUUGACUGCUCUUUCAACAAUAAAUCAAGAUUGCGGAAACAACAAUCAACAAGAACAUUUUAAGGCUCUUGCAACUUUAACCAUCAAACAAUGUGAGAAGCUCGAAUAUCUUCCAACAGAGUUUUUUCGGAAAUUCAACCCCCUAAAAUUCUUGUGUAUAGAAAAGUGCCCAAAGUUGACAAAACGUGGGAUCUCAGACAUCCAACUGCCCUCUAUACUCAGUCAACUCACUAUUGGGUCAUGUGGCGACCUUGAGGUGCCAUUGCUGUGGUCAGCAGAUUUAGCCUCUCUUACCUGUUUGGAUUUACUCGAUUGUGCAAGGAUAGCAUCCCUUCCCCCAGCACAAGUGUGUGCAGGGUGGACAAUGCUUUCCAGUUUAGAGAUAAAGAACUGCAAAGAACUAUCAUCAUUUGGUGGAAUACAAGCUCUUGUGUCUCUUCGUUCUUUAGAAAUUGAAGGGUGUGACAAGCUAAUUGAAGUUUCCCUGCGUCAGCCUCCAUUUCCAAAUAAUGUCAGCCAAAAGAAUGCACUUGACUGCUUUUUGAAGCUUGGUAGACUAUCAAUUGACCACCACGCACUCCUGCUCAUGGAGCCAUUGAGGAGUCUCUCCUCCAUCAGUAGGAUGACUCUCCUUGGUGCUUCGCAACUCACUUCCUUACCUGAGGAAUGGCUGGUGCAAAAUCACAGUGCCCUCUACUUUUUGAGCAUAAAAAAUGCAUGCUCCCUUCAGUCCCUACCCCAGAGCAUGACAAAACUAUGCUUCCUCAUGCGUUUGCUAGUGUAUAAUGCUAAUCUUAUCCAGUCACUUCCAGACCUGCCUGCUUCACUGCGUACUCUAUGCAUCACCGGGUGUCACCCUGUGUUGAAGGAGCGAUGCCAAGAGAAUAUAGGCCUUGAUUGGCCCAAGAUUGCCGACAUCCCUGAUCUGACGAUUUUUUAGCAUUUGCAAAGGUGAUGAUGCAUAUUGACUACUAGCCUUUUUCUUUUCAGACAAUGAAAGAGCAAUCUGGUUUGCUUUUAAUUA